GAAAAGUUCGAUUCUUGCUGAGCAAAAAGGGUACAUUCAUUUCACUUCGUCGGGGGUUCUCUUCCCUUUCAAAAUUGUCGUUCUUCCUUCCUCACGUCCCCGGAGGAGCAGCCGUUUCAUGCAAACCCAUCGGCGAUCCUAAUCACUUGUCGCCGCACCGCCGCUGUUCGUUUCUGGCUCCGGAAUGGGAAGACACAGUUGGCUCAAGCUAUGCCAGCAGCAUUUGUUGUCAUCCACGGCUGUGAAAGCCGCCGGGAAUGGAGGAUAUAGGCUGCGUAGAAUCACGACAUUAUCCCCGUCUGGUCUUCCUUAUCACGUUGGCGAAGAAGUACCAUCCUGAUGCAAACAAGAACAAUCCUUCUGCAAAAAAGAAAUUAUUAGAGAUACGAGGAGCCUACAAGACUUUGCACGAUCCUGAGAAGAGGUCGCAAUAUGACAUGGGGUUUAAUGAUGCAACUGGAUUUGGAUAUGGUGCUAGCAAUGCAGGGAAUUUUAGAUCUUCUUACCAUAGUAAUUUUUCAGAUACAUUUCGGAAAGUAUUCUCUGAGAUCAUCUUUGAAGUGGAGAACGAUCAAAUUUCCUCUGACAUCAGUUGCGCAUAUGCUCUAAGCUUCUGUUUUGUUCUGAAGGACUGCUUCGGCAUGGCUUUCUUGUCGACCAUGGAGAUCAAUAUCCCAAUGGAACUAAAUGAAAGACAAAGAGUUAUACUGGAAGAGUUUGCAAUGGAAGAGAUAAAGCAUGAAAAUGAGACUUCCGCUGAAGGAGAUUGGUAA